AUGCUAGGAAAUGAAGCAGCUAUGAAAAUAAUUGAUGAAUCAACAGACAUUACCAAACAAUCACAGCUCUUAGCAUUUGUCCAUUACAUUAGUCAAGAUCAAAUAGUAAAUCAGUGUCGUUUUAGCAAAGAAUUAAGUGGGUCUGCUAAAGGUGUGGAUGUUUUCAACAUUUUACCUUGUUAUCUCAACUGUUUUAUGGGCCUUAUUUCUGUUGAAGAUGUUAUCGUAACUCACUGCUUUCUUCAUAGGGAGGCCUUAAUAGCAAAAGCAUUGGGAAAAAAAUUCAGAAAAGUCUUAGAACAAGUUGUUCAGAUGGGAAAUUUUAUUAAAACAAGACCUGUCAAAAACCGUUUAUUCGAAAAACUUUGUAUCGAUAUCCAGUCAGAACACAGACGGUUGCUUUUACACAAAGAAGUCAGUGAUUGUCGAGGGAGAAAGUACUUAACCGUGUGCAUGAGCUACGACAAGGAGUUCUCGUACCGGUAG